UGUCACUGUGUCUAUUCUAGCAAAAUGGCUACCCUAACGGAAGAAGAAGACGUUCAAGAGAGAGAGGAUCAGUUCGUUACUCACCAGCAGAGGUGGGCAACCAAAGUGAGGAGGAGAUCCUCUGAAAUGAAAAGCUUCGUAUCUGAUAAACUGGAGCUGGCGGACAAUCCUAAAAUCACAGCUAUCCUGAAUAAAAACGGUGAGAAUAUGGUGAUGUUCUCAGAUGUUGUUGUUAAAGUUAGCAGAAGAGGGCGACUGAGGGAAUGGUGUAUGAUGAUAACCGAUGGUAGUUUGUAUCUAUUGGAGGUUAAUUCAAUAAAGGUACAGCACAGAGUAUCAUUAGCUGAUAUGAGUCACAUUAGUGCUAGUCUCCUACCUGAUAACUUCUUCAUUAUACAUGUACCUGCUGACCAGGACAGGCUCUUCAUUAGCGCGAGGAAAACUGAGAUAGUGACGUCACUAAGGAUUACUUACUUUGACAUGACAAAACAAGAAUUGUAUAUACUAUGUCCCAACUGA